CAAGUGACACGCGCAGUGGUUCCACUGCGUUGUUUCUUUCGCCAAAAUGGGCGAUGUCUUUUGCCUCGUGAUAUUACAAAACGGUAACCGGCGAAAGCUGAAGCUGGCGACGGGAACCUACGCCGAGUUCCUGGAGAAACUGACGGCAAUCGUGGAUGUCGAUCUCGAAGACACGCUGAUCCAGAUGUUUGACUCUGACCUGGACGACUUUGUGGACCUUGUACCUGAAGACGAAAUUCCAAACAAAGCAAAGCUACGCGUCGUCUCGAGGAGUGCUUCAAUUCUGUGCACUGCGGCAAUGGCUACUGGUGGUCAGAAUGCCACACUCAAGUCUCCAAAAAAUCUUUGUGCAAUCCAGCCAGCUUCAGUCCAAGAACAAGGGGAAGUUUCGUUGCAAGCAUGUGACAUUGGAAUUCAAGAGGCCGGCAGUGAUGCAAUGGAGACGUCUCAAGCUGUGCUGACCGUGACACGAAUUGAAGACACACCGUAUGCAGUUCUGUCCUACAGGCAAGUGAGCGGCAGUGACGAGAUGCAAGUUGAUGACACUGCCAUCAGUCACACGUCAAUGCACAACAGCGAUGACUCUCUCAAGUUCGUGCUGCCUCCAUCCUUCGGCGUCUGGUGCGACACAUUUUUGCAAAGCAAGCGGCCAGUCACUGCAAAAGUCAAGACGCACAUGAUCUCUGUUCUCUUCAAGGCUUGCUACGGAGUGACUCCAUAUCCAACACCGAGGCUGUACAACAAAGUACUUGACUCGCUGGUGGCAAAGUACCCACACGUGAUGGAAGGAAAGUACAACAGGCACCGCUGGUUGGUCGCCUUGAGGAGCAGGUUCAAAAGUGAACGCGAGAACCUCACAGUGGCUUCGGCGGCUGCGGUUGAAGUGCAGGAAUCGCGUGGACUCAACUUUUCGCAGGUUGAUGGCGACGACAAGUGCACCUACGCUCACGCACAGCAUGUGAAGACACCAUCGAGUUCUGAGGCCGAUAUAGCCAGCGAUUCAGAAGCCACACCUUCAGGCUCCGUGGUGCACUUCGAGGACGACGAAGAAUCGACGGAUUGUCCGGACUAUUCCGAUGCCAUGCUGGAGAACGUCACAGGGUCCAGCCUGCUCAGAACGUGCACUGACGAAAAAGCAUCGGAGGCACUGAUGGCACAGCAAGAGAGUCGGGCUUCUCUGGACGAAAGUGAAAGCUGCGAUGAAUCAACAGAGGAAGUCAGGCAAUCAAAAUGUCAACAAGUCAAAGAAGUUGUGGGCAGCGUGUUUCAGAAAAAGCCACACGUGCCAAAUGGCAAGGAAAAAACACUAAAGCGUCUUCAGACAACGUCUCGAACUUCACCUUGCACAAUGCCAAAGCUCUACGCUGUUGUGAAGUUUCCAGAAGAACGGAACAAAGUUGCGGUUGUACCACUUACGUGGCUGACCGAGGACUGCAAUUUCUGCUUUUGGCCUCCCAAAAUGAGAAGUGUGCGAGUUCAUGAACUAACUCGUGACCUGGUGGCACCAUCGGCAGAGUGGGGCAUGUACCCAGUCACCAUUAUGGCACGAUGCAGCACUUUUGAAAAGGCUGAACGACGUGCCACUAGUGUACAGUGUUCCUCAUCCGUCGACACAACGGAGCAGUCGGACAAUGAAGGCCACUAUGAAGAGGAGGGCCGUUCGUCACCUCCGGUGGAAUUGCCUGAACCUCCUGUACUGUCCUCUCCCAGGCACGUGAAGAAUGAGGAGCCACAGGAACGUGAAGGUUCGGAGGAAGCCACGCCUCUCUUGUUGCGGAUCCUGAGGCUGCCUGCUGGGCCUGCGGCAGCAACAGAGGGAAACACUGCGGGAGAUGCGACAAAUGAGGCACGAGCUACGGCUUUUGUCUGAGAGAGUGCAGUCUCUGAGACUCUCGAUGGGAGCCGUACCGUGCCUCAGCACGCCCCGCCAGCACAGCCCCCUGCUGACUUGCCCCGGCUGCCUGCUGGGACAAUUCAAGAGCUGGAGGCAGCAGAGGCAGCUGUGCAGAAUGAGGCUGUGGCUGCUGCUUUGUGCAAGCACCUCCUGCAGAUCGGGGGCAAAGGCCUUCGAGAAGUGGGGGCAAAUGCCAUGCAGGCUGUGAUGGCACAUGAUGUGCAAGUGCUCUACAGCCUUCAUGGAAGGAAAGGAAAGCGAGCCUUCAUAAACCUGAGGCUCUGCAGAUUGGUAACAGAUGUCAUCUGCAAAAAGGCCAGCUGCGACAUUUCAGAAGCGCAGAGCUUCAUAAAGAGGUGGCUGCCGGGGUCUGGUGACCGCUGUGGGGGCAGGAAGCGGCGCUUCAAGGAAGCAUUUGUUGUGGAGCAGCCCGAUGAUCCUUGCCGUCCAUGCGGGGAUCAUCGGCUGCCCGCAGUAGCUGGCUUCCUGCCCAGGCACUGUGACCAGGGCUUUGGCGGCACCGCCAUCGUCAAAGUGCCCCCCUCGGCUCCACCUGCCAUGUGACUGCAGUAGGGGCCUUCACCUGCCGUGGCCAUCCUCCGCGCCUCCUGCCAGCCUGCUCCUCCUGCGCCUGCCAUGGGCCUGAUUUGUAAUUAGUGUAAAUAUUGUAGAUAUUUCUGCAUUUUUUUUAUAUAACAAAUACAAAAAAUAC